AUGCCUAACCAAUCGACAUCAUCCCCUCCCGAUCCUCCUUAUCUUAUCCGUACCGGAGAAUUGCAACCAGAUGCGCUCCAUCUCCGCCCCCAUGUCCUGAAUCCUGCCGUCCAGCGUCUCCAGCUCUCGCUGGGCGACAGCGUCGGUCUCACCAAGACGGGCAUCCACCUUAUCCGCUUGCGCGUGCGCCCGCAGCAGACGAGCACGGUGCUUCAUUGGCACGGCGUGGACGACGAGUGGUUCUACGUGCUGGAGGCCGGAGACGACGCAGUGGUCUGCGUUCAAGAGGGGGCCGGUCACGAAGUCAAGGAGCACAAAGUUCGACCCGGCGACUUCGCCGGGUUCCCCGCGGGCAAGCCGUGGGGGCACGCUUUCAAGAGCGGGAAUGCCGAGCUGGUGUACCUGUGCGGCGGCACCAGCACAUCAGUGGACGAGUGCCAUUAUCCUUUGCUAGGGAAGAGGGUCCUGAUAGAUAGAGGCGUAGGAAAGGCCUCAUGGGUAGUAUCGGAAGACAAGGUACAUGGACAGAAAGUGCAAAAGUAUGCAACUCGAGAAUAAU